AUGACUGAAAACGCGUGUACAUCAUCACCAAUACUAGUAGACAGAAAUCCAGCAGAGGAUCAGUCACAAAAACAAGAUGUUGACAUGGAUGAAGAGAUUUCAGCGCGUAUGACUGCUUCUUAUAGUGAAAUAUCUUUUAAUUCUGAUCAUGGCCAAGAAACUAAUCAACAAAGAGAUUCAGGUCCUUCAAGACCCUAUGAUUUACCAUCUGAAAACCGUAGACAAGAUAAACUGCCCCUAGACAUUGGCGGACAUGUACGGUAUGAAGGUGAUAUGACACAUUAUGUUGCUGAUGAUUUGGAAUUCAAGAUUAAAUUAUCUAGUCCUAUUGCAAAAAGAGGAGAGACUCCAGUAUUUGGCAGCUCCAGUGUAUCACGCUCCAGCACACCUUCUGGUAAACUUUAUAGACAAAUAUUAGCUCCACAAAUAGGUCAAAUUGAUAUUACAGUAUUAAAUGACCUUGAACAUGAGGCACAAAAAAUAGCACAGUCCGUUGAUAACUUAAUAGAAAAUUUAUCAAAUAUAUUACAUGCUAAUUCGUCUCUAACUGCUGAAAAUAUGGAUGUUUAUAAAGAUGCCGUUGGAAAAACUUGUGAUGCAAUGGAUAACAAUAUAAAAAGUAUGUAUACUAUCUUAGCAAAAGGCGAAGAGGUUUCCCAAGCAAUGAUUCCAGUGCAGGCACAGGCAGCGAGGAUAGCUGAGAUUAAGAGGUUGUUGCAAAUUUUUGAAAACAACUUUUAA